AUGGGGUGGCGCCGUGGGCGCUCACAGGAGCUGGCGGAGGUGCGCAUGACAGCGGAGGAGAUGGCGGGGCGGGUGGGACGGCUGGAGAGUGAGGUGCAGCGCAAGGAGCGCGAGAUGCAGCAGAGCCGCCAGGAGGCGGACGCUGUCAGGGCGCAGCUGCAAGCCACGCAGCAGGUAGGCACGGCGCAGCUGCAAGCCACGCAGCAGGUAGGCACGGCGCAGCUGCAAGCCACGCAGCAGGUAGGCACGGCGCAGCUGCAAGCCACGCAGCAGGUAGGCACGGCGCAGCUGCAAGCCACGCAGCAGGUAGGCACGGCGCAGCUGCAAGCCACGCAGCAGGUAGGCACGGCGCAGCUGCAAGCCACGCAGCAGGUAGGCACGGCGCAGCUGCAAGCCACGCAGCAGGUAGGCACGGCGCAGCUGCAAGCCACGCAGCAGGUAGGCACGGCGCAGCUGCAAGCCACGCAGCAGGUAGGCACGGCGCAGCUGCAAGCCACGCAGCAGGUAGGCACGGCGCAGCUGCAAGCCACGCAGCAGGUAGGCACGGCGCAGCUGCAAGCCACGCAGCAGGUAGGCACGGCGCAGCUGCAAGCCACGCAGCAGGUAGGCACGGCGCAGCUGCAAGCCACGCAGCAGGUAGGCACGGCGCAGCUGCAAGCCACGCAGCAGGUAGGCAGGGUGAACGGCUGUGGAGGGCCGAACGAGGGGCUCAAUUGGUGUGUGUGGGGGGAGGGGUUGAGUGGGGAGGGGUUGAGUGGGGAGGCGUUGAGUGGGGAGGGGUUGAGUGGGGAGGGGUUGAGUGGGGAGGGGUUGAGUGGGGAGGCGUUGAGUGGGGAGGGGUUGAGUGGGGAGGGGUUGAGUGGGGAGGGGUUGAGUGGGGAGGGGUUGAGUAGGGAGGGGUUGAGUGGGGAGGCGUUGAGUGGGGAGGAGUUGAGUGGGGAGGGGUUGAGUGGGGAGGGGUUGAGUGGGGAGGGGUUGAGUGGGGAGGGGUUGAGUGGGGAGGGGUUGAGUGGGGAGGGGUUGAGUGGGGAGGGGUUGAGUAGGGAGGGGUUGAGUGGGGAGGGGUUGAGUGGGGAGGGGUUGAGUGGGGAGGGGUUUAGUGGGGAGGGGUUGAGUGGGGAGGGAUUGAGUGGGGAGGGGUUGAGUGGGGAGGCGUUGAGUGGGGAGGGGUUGAGUGGGGAGGGUGGGGAGGGGUUGAGUGGGGAGGGGUUGAGUGGGGAGGGGUUGAGUGGGGAGGGGUUGAGUGGGGAGGGGUUGAGUGGGGAGGGGUUGAGUGGGGAGGGGUUGAGUGGGGAGGGGUUGAGUGGGGAGGCGUUGAGUGGGGAGGGGUUUGUUAAGAUGAGAGGAGCCAUGGAUGGCGAGAGAGUUAGGUAG